ACGCCUGGACCAAUAGCACGCAGCUCGCAGCAGCAGAAAAUCCCUGGCAUCGACUUGCACCUUCAACAUUGAAGUAACACAAUAGCCUUCAAAAAGAAAUGGCAUCAACCGAUCCUCAAGAGCCCGUUCAAAUUCAAGACUCCCCACUGCCUAAGGUGCUGCUACUCAAAAAACCACCGGCUUUCUUCAUCAUUGGUGAGCAACCCUUUACCUCCACCAAAUUCCACUACUUAAAAGCAUACGAGUCGCCGCUCCCUCUUGAUCAGUUCUUAGCCACUCAUGCGCUCUCCAUACAAGCCAUCCUUUCUUCCGCAAUAGCUCCCCUCACCGUCGACAUCCUGCAGUUGCUGCCGGCCGUGCGCGUUGUCGUCACCACCAGCGCCGGCCUAAACCACCUUGAUCUCCCUGAAUGUCGGCGCCGUGGAAUCACCAUCGCCAACACAGGCAGCAUCUAUUCUGCUGAUGUCGCAGACCUUGCUGUUGGUUUGUUGAUCGAUGUUUUCAGGAAGAUUUCGGCAGGAAAUCGUUACGUCAAGCAAGGGCUUUGGCCCAUCAGAGGGGAUUAUCCUCUUGGUUCUAAGCUGGCAGGCAAGAGGGUUGGCAUUGUUGGACUGGGAAAUAUUGGAUAUGAAGUUGCUAAAAGGCUUGAAGCCUUUGCUUGCUGUAUCUCUUAUAACUCCAGGAAGAAAAAGCCAUUUGUCUCAUACCCUUUCUAUGAAAAUGUAUGUGAACUUGCUGCCAAUUCUGAUGCCCUCAUCAUCUGUUGUGGGUUGACAGACCAAACCCAUCACAUGAUCAAUAAGGAAGUCUUAUUAGCACUGGGAAAGACUGGAGUCAUUGUUAAUAUCGGGCGGGGACCUAUAAUUGAUGAAAAGGAAAUGGUGCGGUGUUUGGUGGAAGGAGAGAUUGCAGGUGCUGGCUUGGAUGUGUUCGAGAAUGAGCCUGAUGUUCCUAAAGAGUUGUUUGAAUUAGAUAAUGUUGUACUGUCACCACAUUGUGCUGUCUUUACACACGAAUCACUGAAGGCUUUAAGUGAACUUGUGGUAGGAAAUCUGGAAGCUUUCUUCUCAAACAAACCAUUACUUUCUGAGUAUGUGGAUGAAUGAUCGGUGAAAGUUUUUAUUUACAGGCGGAUAAAAGGAGAGAUGUGGUCACAAAGUCAAUGAGGAGACAAAGAUCAAGAACUGUGGCGUUAUCAUCAUUGAUUGCUAGUUUACAUGUGAAAGAAACAUGGGUCCAAAGGGGCAGGCUCUAUAGAAGUACCCUUUUUAUCAUAAUCAAUUCACAUUCCAAUAACAAUUCAAUAUUAGUAGUUGAUUGGAAGAUGCAUAUCAUAACAAAGAUAUUUCAUGACUGAACCAAGCUGUUGUGAGCUAUUUGAGGCUCUUUUCUAUAUAAGUAAGAAGUUUCAAUAAAAUAACAACGGUAUUAUAUCUCUUA